AUGAACAGCUACGUUCUUCUCAUCGCCUUGGUGGUUGCCUUCGGAGGCUUUGUCUUUGGAGUUGACUCGGGGAUCAUUGCGACAACACUCGGUCAUAAAACAUUUGCUGUGUACAUGUACGGCCCGUCAGCUAAAAAUGCAUCAUUGACUGGCGCUAUCGUGUCGGUCUAUAAUGCUGGCCAAGCUGUCGGAACUUUCAUUACCGGAUACAGCGCCGACAAAUUCAGUCGUAGAUGGACCAUCUGUGCUGCUGGAAUGAUUGCAACCUUCGGGGCGGCGUUGCAGACUGCAGCUCAAAACGUAGGCAUGAUGAUUGCAGGAAGGUUCUUCGCCGGUCUUGCCUGUGGCAUGAUUCUCUCAGUUGUACCGGUAUACAUAGCUGAAGUCUCACCACCCAAGAACAGAGGUUUCAUUGUUGGUCUUCAAGGCAUGAUGAUCUCCAUUGGGUUCAUGGCUGCGAACUGGAUCGGCUAUGCAGGAGGGUUUGCUUCCGGAAAUUCUCAAUGGAGAAUUCCUCUAGCUAUGCAAAUGCCAGGAGCAAUCUUGCUAUCUAUUGGAUGUUUCUUCAUCCCUUAUACUCCACGUUGGCUAGUUGGAAAUGAGAGAUAUGAUGAAGCUAGGGCAGUCAUCGUCCGUCUUCACGGAGACUCAUCCGAAGUCUUCCUCGCCCAAGAAUUCACGCAGAUCCAUGACCAAAUCCUCCUCGAGCGUGAAGGGCGAAACACAAACGCCCUCAUAUCCAUCAAGAACCUCUUUUCUCGCCGCUAUAUCCGCCGCACUGCUACCGCAUGUUUCAUCCUAAUGAUGGGUCAGCUCAGCGGCUCGACAGUCAUCCAGAACUACCAGAGCAUUUUCUACGCGUCGGUGGGAUACACCGGGCGUACUUCGCUGCUCAUCAGCGGCAUCUACGGCUUCAUGGGAGUAUUCGGACAGAUUGCUUACCUGUGCUUUGUUGCGGACAAAUGGCUUAGAACAAGAACACUUUGGAUUGGAUCUGCUUUCCUCUGUAUCAUGAUAAGUCUCAUCAUGGCAUUGUCAGCCGAAUUUCCCUCUGGAACCAAAGACCCAUCUGGUCCCCGUGCCGCAAUUGCAUUCAUCUUCAUCUACUCCUUCGGCUACGCGCUCUUCUUCAACGCCAUGGUGUGGGUUGUUCCCGUCGAACUCUUCCCAUUCUUCCUUCGUAGCAAAGGUCUCGGGCUUGGCGUAUUCUGCAAAGCUGUCGUUGCAAUCGUGCUCGCUCAAAUUACGCCCAUCGCCAUCCAGCAUGUCGGCUGGAAGUACUAUUCCUUGUUCAUUGCUAGCAACUUUAUUGCGGGGUUUAUAUACUAUUUCUUUUUGCCAGAGACGAAGGGAAAGAGUCUCGAAGAGAUCGCGGAAUUGUUUGGUGAUGCCUUGGCGACAGAGCAGCUGGAAGAUAUUGAUACUAGUGGAAAGGAGGGAAUGAUGGUUCGGGGAGAGGCGAAGCAUGUCGAGUCGGCACUCUAAACGCUCCAAUGCAAGUGGGAUCCAGAGACAAGUGGGCCAGAACGCUCCUUACUACUUGUAAUCAUCCCUACCUCGAAUCUAAAAAAUCACUUAUCUGCUCGGUCCCUCGUUGAGGGCAGAAAAGAGGC